AUGCUAUCAUCGCGUGCGCUCAAAAACAUCGAGCAGCUUGGUCGCCCCUGGCGCUUUGCGCCUACGCCAGACUAUGACCCCGAGACGAAUCCAAAGGGACUCAUCUCCUUUGGAUUUGCGGAGAAUAGACCGAUGAGAGCAGAAAUUGUCAAGUUCAUCAAUGAGAAGGUUGUUUUUACACUGGACUCCAUAAGCUACCGCUCAACUACAGUCCUCAACGCCCGUCUCCCUGGUGUCGCAGCCGCUCACAUGAGUAAAGCUCUGAAUUCGCAUACAUCAAUCAAACCAGAAGAUGUCUUCGUCGCCGAUUGCCCAACUUCAAUGGGUAGCAUGCUAGGUUUCAACCUCGCAGCACCAGGCGAAGGCAUACUCGUCAACAGGCCAGUAUACGGUCGCUUCGAGCUAGACUACGGUAUUGAAGCAGGCGUUGAAAUUGUAUAUGCCGACACUGACACGGAAGUGGCGUUUAUGCCUGAUAUUGUAGAGAAGUAUGAGCAGGCUUUGGCGGAUGCCAAAGAGCGAGGAGUGAUUAUUCGGGCAGUUCUGCUUGUGAAUCCUCAUAAUCCUGUUGGUCGCUGCUAUCCGGUCAAGACGUUGAAGCAUAUCGCCCGAUUCUGUGAUCGGCAUAAGCUUCACCUGAUCAGUGAUGAGGUUUAUGCAUCCUGUGUCUUUGAGACCGGUGAUCCCGAAGCUGUUCCGUUUACCUCGAUUCUUUCAUUAGACUUGAAAAAUCUCAUAGACCCUAACCUUGUGCAUGUUCUGUAUGGCUUCAGCAAGGACUUUGCCUCUGGUGGCCUUCGCCUUGGAUUCUUGGUAACUCAGAACGAGCAACUGCGUUUAGCAUGCAAGAUGUGUUCGCGGUUCCACAGCCCAUCCCAGGCAGCCGUUACAAUCGGAAUAGCCAUUCUAGAAGACCAACCCUUCGUCGAAAGGUUCACUGCCAAAACAAGGGAAAGCCUAGCGGCGAGCUACAAAAUGGCCACGUCCACACUGGACCGGGCUGGGAUCAACUACGUCAAGGGAGGAAAUGCCGGAUUCUUCAUCUACGUCGAUCUAUCGCCUUUCCUGCCCGAUGGUGACUUUAUCCGAGAACAGGAGUUUGCCCUGGCGGAGAGAUUUCUUGAUGCUGGUGUCUUUCUGCAUCCUGGUGAGGAGCAUGGGAAGGAUGCUGGCUGGUUUAGGUUGGUGUUUUCGCAGGAUGAGAGUGCGUUGAAGGAAGGACUCAGAAGGCUAGUACUACUGUUGAGUGUUCUGAAGCCCGCGACUGGAUCUUGA